AUGACCGACAAGAAAGAAACUCCAACCGAGUUCGUCGCCAAAGUCUCUGUCAAGCUCCCGGAUUUCUGGACAGAGGACCCCAACCUGUGGUUCCAUCAUGCAGAGGCGGCCUUCAGAAACGCCCAGAUCCCACAGUCAAUAACCAAAUUCGACCACAUCGUACAGAAACUUCCCCAGAAGAUUAUGGUCUCGGUACGCGGCCUGAUCAUGGGUUCUGCUGCCUCCUCAGAAACCCCUUACGAGGAUUAUUGGAAUGUUUUGGCUCCAGGUUCUCCUAGCACCAGAGGGAUUAAUUCUCACAGAAGCUUGAGUGUGUGCAAUGAAGAAAGUCCCAGCAAAGGCCGAUCAGCUGCAGGGUCAACUAGGCCGAGCAGGAAAGCCUCUGUAUCAAGUCUUGGAGAACAUCUUUCUACACUUAUGUCUAUGUCGACACAGGUAUGUGCUACCCUAGGAGAGAAGGUGUCCAGUAGACGCCAAUCCUUGACUCCAAAUGAUAUUUCUGACAAUAUUAUCACUAACAUCAAAUCUUCAAUGAAAGAAAGGUAA